CAUGACUUUAGUUCUGUACGUAAGCAAGCAAUGGAUAAAAUAACAACUUCCUUCAUGUUGUUAGAUUCAGAGUAUGAAAAGUUUGACGUAGAAAGAACAAAGUUUGCACAAGCACAAAUGGCUUUUCAGCUUGAAAAAGAGGCUUUUAACAAACAAUACCAAAUACAGCAACAGGAAAUCCGGGAGUUAUUGGAAAAACAUAAGGCCCAAAAUGAAGCUUGGCUGAAAGCAAGAGCAGAAGAAAAUGACAAGGAAAGAAAAGAAAUUAGCCAGCUUAGAGAGGAACUUCUUCUAGAACAGAAAAAGUUGAAAGAAGAACAGCAAGUUAUUGAGAAACGCAACCAACAGUUAAUUUCUAUCAUGCAGCAGUUCAAAGGAAUGUGACGAAUAAUCUUCUGACCUCAAGGAAACUGGCAUUAAAUAGAGAUUAAAAACAUUUUAACAAUA